GAAAACGGUAGCAGAGACAAAGCUCAAACCACUUUGUAUUUUUAUAUAUACAUGUAUAUAUAAAACCUUACUUUUAAUCCUUACACUCACUCACUCUCUCUCUCUCUCACCGACCACUUUCUGUUUCUAAUUUCUUACAACCAUAACACUCUGUUUUAUAAAAACCCAGCUUUUGUUGUUGUUCAGAGUCUUCCAACCGUCACCUUCUGUGUUGUUCAUAAAAAGCUUUAAAGCUUAAAAAGAAACUGCUUCUUCUUCUUCUGGUGGUUGUGGUUUUCUUUUUGGGAAUAGAAAAAUUACAGAAAAAGAGAGUUGGGUUCUUUUGGUUUAGGCAUUUUGGUGACCGAGUUUUGUUAAGCUGGUUGACUCAGGCAAGAAUCAUUUUUAAUGGAGUUGGAGCAGUGAGUUUUUUCUUUUUGUUUUUUGUUUAUUAUUAUUAUUUUUUGGGAUAGUUUGAGUUGGAGUUGGCGUUGGAUUUGGUUGGUGAAAAUGGGUGAAACAGAGAAAAGUUCGGUGCUCAAGAAAAUGCUAAAGAGUCUCUGUGUCAGUAAUGGUUGGUCUUAUGGGGUUCUCUGGCGCUUUGAUCAAAGAAAUUCCAUGUUGUUGACCAUGGAAGAUGCCUACUAUGAGGAGCAAGUGAAGGCAGUGAUUGACAGUAUGCUUUUACAAGUCCACAUUCUUGGAGAAGGAAUUGUUGGCCAAACUGCUUUCAAUGGGAAGCACCAGUGGAUGUGUUCGGAUGAUAGUGAUGGAGAAUGGAAUUCCUUCAGAUCUAUUGCAAGUCAAGAUGUAUUCCAGGGUGAUCCAGAGUUUCACUGUCAAUUUUCCUCUGGGAUAAAGACAAUUGCAGUAAUCCCUGUUGAACCUUAUGGAGUCGUAGAGUUUGGAUCCACCGAGAAGAUAUUGGAGAGGUCGGAAAUUUUGGAUCAAACAAAAAGGUUAUUUCAGGAUAUGCAAAAUCCUGAUGUGCUUAUCCCAUCAGAGAAUGUGCAUUCAUCAGAAAAAAGCGAAAGUUACGAUCUAAAUGGGUUAUUUGCAUCCUUAAUUUCUGGGAACUUGAAUAGUGAGGAUGUCACUCCCGUCUCUAUUGACAACUCCAAAGAGCCGAGCGAAAACAAUUUUACUGCAAUGAAGUUUAGUCAGUUCUCCCCUUGCAUAUCUGAUAUUCACAAUGGAAGCAUGCCAUUUUCACACACAGAUGCGUCUAAUGUUGAUGGCCAUUUGCAAAAUGCUGGAAUGGGAAGUCAUAUCUUGUUAUCUGAUAAGCCUUCUACUCGGUUCGACCAGGUGUUUCAACGAUCUACCACUCCUGUGAAAAAUGACUUUGCAGAUAAAGCCCCUUGCAUUAGUGCAUUGUCAUGUGAGCAUUCUGUUUUGACUUCAAUCAACCCCCAGUUUGCAUCUGAAUCGAGGGGUCAAGGUUCUGCAGAUGCAGUUCUUUCAAGGGGAAAUUCCCUUGAAUCUUGCAGAAAUAAAGGACAUAAUAUUCAGAGCAACCCAACCUUUGCUUCUUUAUACGGUGCAGGAGAAUUGACUGACUUAGAAAAGCAUUUUAAUGGCAACUCUGGAAACCUGAUGGACAACCAACAACCUAUGUCCUCAAUUUAUGCAGCUGGAGGUGAGAUUCCGGAAAAAGAAAGUAGUCUACACAGGUUUCCCAAAGAGUUGGCUGAAGAAUUUAAGCCCACUGAUUUAACAACAGAUCUUUUUAAUUUUUACCUGACUGAUGAUCUUUCCCAGUUGUUUACUUCCUUACCAGAUCAAAGUAUCAAUGCAAUGGCAAAAGCAUUGAGUGAUGAUUUCUCACAACUUAUUGAAACUACUUCAGCAUCAUGUAGUCUUGUUGGAGGUGAUGUUUUCGCUGAUGUUCCAAUUGAACAUCCAGCUAAUUUUGUGCAUGGUUCCAUCGCCAAUACUUUCAAUGCUGGAGGACAAGAGAAAUCUGGUAUUGUUCAGUGUGUUGAAAGAGAUCUUUUUGAUAGUUUGAGACCAGGUAUUGGGUGUGGUCAAGUUGGGAAGUGUUGGGAAGAUACUAUGAUGCCAAUAUCGAGCGGUGGUAACUCAUCUAGUUCCACUCUGUCCAAAUGCAUCUCAGAGUUGGAUGCUAGAUCUAUGUCCAGCUCCAAAAAAGGACUAUUCUCAGAAUUAGAACUUGAAAAACUAUUGGCUGCUGCAAGUACUUCUUGUUCUGCAACUAAUUCCAACCUGGAGGAUCAAUCAUCCUCCACUAAAAGACGAAGAAUAGAAAGUUCAACUCUGAACUGCAAUGAAGCUCAGUUGGCAAGGUUUACUGGCUCUAGCGGGAGCAUUAGUUCGAUGAAUUAUAACCUGGACAAGUUGAACAAUCUUGUUGCCAAGAAAGAAGUUAUCCCGAAAUCACAGGUUGGUUUGUGGAUUGAUGAUAGCUACAGCAUCACUGCAGGAAGUGCUGUUCUAUCAAAAACACAGAAGCCUGAGGAACAGACAAAGACCACCAGGAAAAGGGCAAGGCCUGGUGAGAGUACUCGACCAAGGCCCAAGGAUCGUCAGCAGAUCCAAGACCGCAUCAAAGAGUUGAGAGGGAUCAUCCCUAACGGGGGCAAGUGUAGCAUCGAUUCUCUGUUGGAUCGCACCAUCAAAUACAUGCUUUUCUUGCAAAGUGUCACCAAAAAUGCAGAUAAGCUUAAACAAGCCGAUGAACCAAAGCUGAUUAGCCAGGAGAACGGUGUGGUUCUCAAAGAUCAAGGCACUGCCUGUGGUAGUGGUGGUGGUGGCGGAGUCACGUGGGCAUUUGAAGUUGGUGGUCAAACAAUGGUUUGUCCAAUUAUAGUUGAGGACCUCAACCCCCCAGGCCAAAUGCUUAUUGAGAUGCUUUGUGAGGAACAGGGCUUCUUUCUUGAGAUAGCAGACAUAAUCAGGGGCUUUGGCCUAAAUAUCUUGAAGGGAAGGAUGGAAGUUAGAGAGAAUAAGAUAUGGGCACGCUUUAUUGUCGAGGCAAACAGACAUGUAACGAGGAUAGAUAUAUUUUGGUCACUUGUCCGGCUUCUACAGCAAACAACAACCAGUGGUAUUGAUUCAACUAAUAAUCAGCCAAGUAAUGCUAUAGAUGGUGGACUCCAUUUAAUGGAUAGUUACCAGAAACCAGCCUUACCACCUCCUAUCAGCUUGACAGGAACACUCCGCUGACAGUGCAUGAACGAGGAGGGUUCGAGGGGAUAAUAUACCUUGAGCAUUCACCUUGGAGUGCCUGCCAUGAUGGGUAUUUUGAGAUGGAAGAACUAGAAACAAAGAGGGAAGAAAAAUAGUUCUCCAUUACCAUAUUUACUAACUUUUGGAAAGUGAAGAAUGAAAUUGUGCAUACUGCUUGUAGUGUAGGACAUACUUUCAAAAAACAAGGCAGGUGGUCAUUUUGAUCCUCUUUUAGUUUCUUCUCAAUAGGAUGCGAACUACUUUUUAUC